AUGUCCUCAAUCACAUCCACCACCGUCAGUGCCGGUCAGGCGUCACUGACUCUACCCGCACACAACCCGCCAGCGAAGCCCAACUCGUACAAACUGCCAACCGUUCAGAAGGUGCCCACAUUCGAGAGCAAGGCUGACGAAAGGCUGUGGGCCAAGCGCCAGAUGGCGGCGGCCUUCCGGGUCUUCGCCAAGCUGGGAUUUUCUGAUGGCGUCGCUGGCCACAUGAGCCUUCGCGACCCAGUGAAUCCUGAGCUCUUUUGGAUCAAUCCGUAUGCUGUGCACUUCAGCCUGAUCAAGGUUUCUGACCUCGUCUUGGUCAAUGCCGAAGGAGAGAUCCAGGAGCAAACACCUCACACCAUCAGUCAUGCAGGUUUCAUCAUCCACUCUGUCCUACACGAGAUGCGACAAGACAUCAAUGUCGCGGUCCAUUUACAUUCACCUCACGGCGUUGCAUGGUCCGCUUUUGGACGACCUGUAGAGAUGCUUGUGCAAGACAUGUGCUACUUCUACAACGACCUUUCAGUCUAUGAAGGCUUCGGCGGAACUGUGCUGGCUAAAGAGGAGGGGCGUAAUCUGGCCAAUGCUCUGGGACCAAAAAAUAAAAACCUGAUUCUUCAGAACCAUGGCAUCUUGACCUGUGGAAGCAAUGUCGGGGAAGCUGCAGGGCUAUUUAUCGCAUUAGAGCGGGCAUGUCAACGUCAGCUCAUGAUCGAAGCAGCCGCCGCCAAUGGUAUUCCAAAGCAGUACAUUCACCGCGAUGAAGCAGAGUACUCCAAGCGCUACGACUACACGCCCGAGAACACGUACAUGUCAUUUCAGCCAGAAUACCAAGCGAUUCUGGCAGAAACGAAGGGGUCGUUCUUAGAGUAG